CAGAUGUAAAACAUCAGACAUCUUGGUGAUUGAUGCGCGUGUGCUAUCAGGGAUUGGAGUCGGGCGGAAACGCACCAUCAUUCCACACCAGCAGGAGGCAGUAUCGUGUCUCGCGAGUUUUCAAUAUGCCGCACAGCUACCAGCAAAGAGGAGGAUGUUAUGAUUCUCCGGCAAAAUAAUACAAACUGAACAACAGCGUGUCAUAUGAGGAAUCAUGAGGGUACAUUAGACGUCUGUGCACGGAUACAGGACUGUCUGCAGCCGCUUUCAUUAGUACCAGUCACACGUUAGAAGUGAUAGAAAGUGUCUUUGUGAUUGUGAGAGUCGGCUCUGAGCUUCAGGGAUGUGCCAUGGCAUCGGUUCGGGUGGCAGUGCGGGUCCGGCCCAUGAACAGAAGGGAGAAAGACCUGUCUGCCAAAUGCAUCAUCAAAAUGGAAGGAAACAAGACGACCAUCACCAACUUAAAAAUACCAGACGGAGUGACUGGAGACUCGGUCAGAGACAGAACAAAAACUUUCACGUACGAUUUCUCUUACGACUCCUCGGACUGUAAAAACACCAGCUUUGUGUCGCAGGAAAAGGUGUUUAAGGAACUAGGCACUGAUGUUUUGAAGGCAGCAUUUGAAGGAUAUAACGCCUGCAUCUUCGCUUACGGCCAGACUGGAUCGGGGAAGUCGCACACCAUGAUGGGCAUCCCUGGCGAUGUCGGUCUGAUUCCACGGAUCUGUGAAGGAUUAUUCAGCCGGAUCUCAGGAAUGACUCGGAGAGAUGAAGCUUCUUUCCGUACAGAAGUCAGUUAUUUGGAGAUUUACAACGAACGAGUGCGUGACUUGUUAAGGAGAAAAAUGGUGAAGACAUUCAACCUCAGAGUCAGAGAGCACCCUAAAUACGGACCCUAUGUGGAAGACCUGUCGAAACACUUGGUGCAGAACUACAGUGAUGUGGAGGAGCUGAUGGAGGCAGGAAACAUCAACCGCACGACGGCCAGCACUGGCAUGAACGACGCCAGCAGCCGCUCGCAUGCCAUCUUCACAAUUAACUUCACACAGGCAAAGUUUGACGCAGAGAUGCCAAUUGAGACGGUGAGUAAGAUUCACCUGGUUGAUCUGGCCGGAAGUGAGAGGGCCGAUGCUACAGGGGCCACUGGUGUGCGUCUCAAAGAGGGCAGCAAUAUUAACAAAUCGCUCGUCACUCUGGGCAAUGUCAUCUCAGCCUUAGCUGAUCUGUCACAGGAAGGAGGAAACAGUCAUUUGAAGAAGAAGCAAGUGUUUGUUCCAUACAGAGACUCUGUGCUCACCUGGCUACUAAAGGACAGUCUGGGAGGAAACUCAAAAACCAUCAUGAUCGCAACUGUAUCACCUGCGGACGUGAACUAUGGAGAGUCACUGAGCACGUUACGCUAUGCUAACCGCGCCAAAAACAUAAUCAACAAACCCACAAUUAAUGAAGAGUCCAACGUCAGACUUAUCAGAGAACUUCGUGCGGAGAUCGCUCGGCUGAAAGCUCUGCUGGAACAGGGAAAUCAGAUAGCACUGCUUGAUUCUCCCACCGCGUUAAUUAUGGAGGAGGAACUGCAUCAAAAUGAAGCCAGGGUUUUAGAGUUAACCAAGGAAUGGGCGAACAAAUGGAAUGAAACUCAAAACAUCCUGAAGGAGGAGACUCUGGCUCUGAGGAAGGAGGGAAUCGGAGUGAUCCUGGACUCCGAGCUUCCUCAUCUCAUUGGCAUUGAUGAUGAUCUGCUCAGCACAGGCAUCAUUCUCUAUCAUUUAAAGGAGGGUAGGACAAAUGUUGGACGGGAAGAUGCCACUAAUGAACAUGACAUCAUUCUUCAUGGUUUGGGUCUCGAGAGUGAGCACUGCCUAAUAGAGAAUCAGAAUGGAACGGUCACUCUUAUUCCUCUAAAUGACGCUCAGUGUUCAGUCAAUGGAGUGCAAAUCACAGAGCCCUGCCAGCUCAACCAAGGUGCCGUCAUUCUCCUCGGCAGAACCAAUAUGUUCCGAUUUAAUCAUCCUAAAGAGGCGGCUAAAUUAAGAGAGAAGAGAAAGAGUGGCCUCCUCAACAGCUUGAGUUUAUCCAUGACUGAUCUAUCCAGAUCCUGUGAAAACCUCUCCACAGUCAUGCUGUAUAACCCUGGUCUCCUCACUCAAAAGGGCCCCAUCUUUCUCAGACUGGAGUUUGAGAGGCAACAAAGAGAAGAACUGGAAAAACUUGAAAAUAAAAGGCAGCUGAUCAAACAGAUGGAGGAAAAGCAGAAGAACGACAAAGCGGAGCUUGAGCGCAUGCAGGAGGAGGUGGAGUCUCAGAGGAAGGAGUCUGAGCAGGUGCAGCUGUGCAUACGCAGACAGGAGGAGAGCCUGCGCAGACGCAGUCAGGACAUCGAAAGUCGCCUCAGAGACUUGAUUGCUGAGAAAGAGCGAUUCCAGGAGGAGAGAAACAGGGAACAGAAGGAGCAGCAAAAACAGAGGAGACACCAGCAGCAGCAGCUGGAGGAGAAGGUGCAGGAGAAGCAUGAGAAGACUCCAUUCCAGUGUGAGCAUGUAGAACAAACAGAGCUCUUUCGUGAGCUGGAGCGCCUCAAAAGAGAGAGAGAUGAGCAGGCCAUCAAACUCCAGCUGGAACGAAGACGUCUGGAAGAGCGAGAAAAGGAACAGCUGAGUCUGGUUGGGCGUCUUGAGGAGCAGUUGAGGGAGCGCAGCGAGGAGGCCACCGCCCUUCUCACGCUGGAGGAGGCUCGUCGACUGGAGGACGAAAGACAGACGCUCACCGAGCUCAGGGAAGAGCUGCUCAGAGUGAAGGAGGCGCGGAUUGACGAUGAGGAGGAGGGAGGGGAGGAGGCACGGAGGAGUUGGCAGGAACGGUACGAGCAGUUCAAGCGGGUGCAGGUGGAGGAGCUGGGUUUGCUGGAGGAGUCACUCCUGCAGCAGAAGGACCGACUGGAGCAUGAGAUCACCAGUGAACGGACAUCGCUUGGCCUGAUGCUGCACACACAUAAAGACAAACAGAGACAGGCGCAUGAAGUGAUGGAGUGUGGCAUGCAGGAUGUGUCGUCUCUCAGUCAGGAGGAGGUGCUGAUCCAGCAGGCGGAACACAGACUCCAGUUUAAAGAGAAACAGCUCCUCUCUCUCCGGAAGAAUCAAUUGCCUGCCGUCUGUGAGGAGCGCCAGAGAGCCAGUGAACUGCUGGAGAGGGUGAGAGGAGGAAGAGGGUCUCCUGGGGCAGACAGGAGUCCAGAAGAAAUGGACAAAGAGCUGGAUGAAACGCUAUAUCAGGUGGAGAAAGAGUUGGAGGAGAAAGAGGAGCGUUUGUCUCAGUACAGCUCCAGUGCCGAGCAGUUGCAGCAGCUGCAGCAGUCGUACGAGUUCACUGCGAAUGUGUCCCGUCAGGAGGAGAAAGUUCGCAGGAAGGAGAAGGAGAUCCUGGAGUGGAGGGAGAAGCAGCAGCGGGAGGCUCUGGAGCAGGCGGUUGCGCGCUUGGAGAGGAGACAUUCGGCCCUGUGCAAGAGCCUCAAUCUGGAGCCCGAUAUCGAGAGGCCCCGCAGGAGGUCACAGUCUGCACUUGGACAAAGCACUUUCAGAUCACCAGGAACUCAGGAUCUCGACCAGAAGAGGAUGGAGAGCGAGAUUGCUCAGCUCAAGCAGAAGAUCAGUCAGAGUGAAGGAGGAAGUGGGUGGAGUCUAAGUAUUAGUGGUGAAGAAAAGAACAAUGUGAACCAAUCACCCAUCAGCCCCAUACAAACACUCCCCACUGUACUGUCUGUAGGAGACGAGAGGAUACACACAUAUAUUGAAGAGGAGGUGCAGCGGAGACUGAACCUGCUAAACCGAGAGAAUAACAACACACUCUCACUGUCUUCAGACUCACUACAGGAGGAGGAGCAGGACAGUGAGGGUAGCUCUGUUAGAUUGACAGAUGAGGACAAUGAUAAAAAACACAGUGAUGCACGCAAACAGAAAUACGAGCGGCUGGUGCCAAUACCUCUGGAUCUGAGUCCAGAGAGUCUUAAAGAUCCAGUGAAGAUCAGUAUAGCACGUUACAUGCUGUGUGGACAGGGCAAAGAUGAACACUUUGAGUUUGAAGUCAAGAUCAUGGUUCUGGACGAAACGUGGACCGUGUUCAGAAGAUACAGUCGUUUUCGGGAGAUGCACAAAUCCCUCAAGCUGAAAUAUCCAGAGCUUGCAGCUUUGGAUUUUCCUCCCAAAAAGAUUUUUGGAAACAGAGACGAGAGAAUGAUUGCAGAACGACGGAUUCAGUUGGAGCAAUACCUGCGGAACUUCUUCCAUGUGAUGCUGUCAUCCUCAUCCUCUUCUCCUCUGAGAACAGACGAGUGUGGAUUACACCUCUCCAAACACGCUGUGUGUGACAUCUCUCCGUUCUUUAAGAAGGGAGUGUUUGACUACAGCAGCCACGGAACAGGAUGACAUGAAUACAAACUCCGAUAAAAGCACACACACGCACACACACUCUCAUUGACUUUAUGAAGCUCUCUGAUAUAUUCACAUAAAUACAAACGGAUUCACUUACAGACAGGUGAAUCUCACUAAACCAUGUCCAUAAUAUGCCUUUGAAUAUGUUCUUGACAGGUUUCGCACUUAUGAACACACUCAGGAAAGAUCUAGUGAUAUGUAUGAGCAUAAGAUAAAUGAAAAAGAAGAUGUAAAUAGUUUUUCAGUGCCUUGUAGGCAGUAACUGAGCUUUAAAUGAUGGCAGGCGGUUGCCAUAACCUGCUCCAAACAUCUUGUGUUUACAUUGAGGACCAUAGAGCCUGUUACAGUGGAAACCACCAUCAGACAGGAGGUCCUGUAGCUGCUAGUUGAGUUUUGUUCAUGUUCUUCUCCUUUAAGUUGCUGCAUAUGAUGAAUCGCCAAUUCUUUCCUCUGGAUUCAAAGCUCUGACAAGGUGAUUGUUUAAUUUGUUUUUGAUGUGCCCCAAUCAUAAAUCGGCAUUUGAUGUGUGCUGUAAAUAAUUUACACUUGCACCUCGCUUAACAUACUCCUAGAUAGAGGAAUAGUUCCCCCAUACAUGAAUAAUUCAUCUAUCAUAUGGCUUCAGAAGACUUUGAAUAUACGUGCAAAAAGAUACUCAGGCUGAAACUGUGCAGAUUUCCAUUAUGUAACCAUUAAGAGGUCAACGCUCACAAUGGUAAACUGUAUUGGCACAGAUACUGUUAGCUAAUGUCUUCCUGAAACAACGACUUUUGAUUUACAUUUCACCCCAUUGUUUGUCCUUUAUACUCUAGCGGACACCGUUAAAGGGCUUUAUCAGUCAAAUAUACUGUUGUGACGGGUAAAUGUGUCCCUUGAAAAUGAUUAAUCUAAUGUUUAGCACUAUAAAGCCGAAUGUAGAGGUAAAUAUAUUGUACACUGUUGAUCUGUGCAGAAGAGCUUCUUCCCAUUUAACACAACUGUUAAGAGCUGCUCGGAGAAAAGGGAUUGUUGUGCUAUUAGACCUUUUACAAUAACAAACAUUUCAAGGGUUUUCCUUCAGUAGAUGUACACUAGAAUGUUUUUUUCUUCUUUUCAAUACUUAAGAGUACAGAUAGUGAGUGUAUACAUUUGUAAAAAUGAGCUAUUUUCAUUUCCUCUUUUAUUUCUGAAUCUGAAUGUAAUGAUUUUUGGGGAACUUAAUGAUUUGAAUAAUUGUUUAUUGUAGAUCGAAUGUCAUUUCAGUCGUUAGAAAAUAACACAAUCAGCUGUUUAGCACUGUAUUAAAUUAAUAUAGUUUAUUUAUAUUUGUGUACAUUUAUUAGACACAAACUGAUACAAAAUGUCAGUGUAAUGUACAUUUAAAGCAAUAUUCCUGGUUAAGCUGAAUCGACAACAUUUGUGGCGUUUAUUAUGGAAGUGAAUGGGGCCAAUAUUUGGUGGGUUUAAAGGCAGAAUUAUGCUUAAGCUUAUAAUAUUAUGUACAUUUUGUUAUUAGUAAUAUAAUUAACACUUGUGUAUUAUUUGAGCUGUAAAGUUGUUUAAAUCGUUUUUAUGGUGGUUUUAGGAUUCAUGGCAUUUCGUCGUCAUGGCAACAAUGUUGUAAAAUUGGAUAACUUUAAACAGAAAAGGUAAGUACGUUGUUUUAUCACAUAUUGUUUACAUCCUGUGGCUAUACUUUUCAAACUGGUUAUUUUAACGUUUACAAAUUGGCCCCAUUCAUUUCCAUUGUAAGUAACCUUGAUUUUUGCUUUUUUUAAAGAAAAGGAGGGGCGAGUUGAAAUAAUGUUUGUGGUAAUCAACAUUAUGCCACAAGUGCUGUCGUUUGAGCUUAACUUAUAUUGAACCCGGAAUAUUCCUUUAAGUAAAACAGAUACUAAAAAGUCAACGAGGGGUUGAUUUUGAUAAAGGACUUAAUGAUUUAUCCUUGGUUUUCUGGUGGUCAGUCUGAUGUUUGCCUAUUUUUUUACAAACCAGCUAAUGAGACAUUUGUACAACCUCUCCUUGCUGGUUUCACCUGUAAAUUCAAUACAAGAUGUGGCAAAGUCUAACUUCUGAAUUACAUACUACUAUUUCUAUUUUAGCCACACAUGGUAAAAUUAAUUCAAUAGUAUAAGUAUGAGAAUAGUACGCUAUUCAGAACUAAGCCAUCAUCUUUACCAGCCAUGAAGAUCUGAAAUGUGGCUGGAACUGAUUCAUCUUC